AUGACACGAUUCCGACCCUGCAUUGACCUUCACGCCGGUCAGGUCAAGCAGAUCGUUGGAGGUACUCUUGACAGUACUUCUGCGGCUCUGCAAACAAACUAUGUCUCUCAACACCCCCCUGCUCACUUUGCUCAGCUUUAUCGGGACAAUGAGCUCCAUGGCGCACAUGUUAUUAUGCUAGGUUCCGGUAACGAUGGACCUGCCAAAGAGGCUCUUCAAGCAUGGCCCGGAGGUCUCCAGGUCGGAGGCGGUAUCAACGAUAAAAACGCAAAAGAAUGGAUGGAUGCGGGAGCGGAAAAGGUAGCACAUCGGAAGCGUCUCGCAAAGACAGUCGUUCUAAUUAUUUGGCAGGUUAUUAUUACCUCGUACUUGUUUCCGGAGGGUCGGUUUAGCCAGGAAAGACUCGAUGCAGUCUUGGAGGCUCUCGGCUGCGACAAAAACAAGCUUGUCAUUGACCUGAGUUGCCGUCGUCGUGGAGAGGACUCUUGGUUUGUUGCUAUGAACAAAUGGCAGACAAUCACAGACAUGGAAGUGAACCAAGAUAACGAGGGUCUACAAAAGGGUGUUGACGAGAAGCUCGUGGAACGACUUGCCCAGUGGUGUUCUAUCCCGGUCACCUAUGCAGGGGGUGGCAGACAUCUCGAGGACUUGGAAAAUGUCAAGAGACUCAGCAACGGUAAGGUGGAUCUCACGAUUGGAAGUGCAUUGGAUUGUUUUGGUGGUUCGGGUGUCAAGUUUGACGAUUGCGUCGCUUGGAACAAGAAGCAAGACAACUAA